AUGUGCCCUGGCCAGGAAUUGAACCAGCCAACUCUUAGGUUCGCAGACCAGCACUCAAUCCACUGAGCCACACCAGCGGGGUCCCUUAAGAGUUUUUAUGACUAUAAUUUUAGCUCUUAAUGUUUAGGCUUUUAGACUCAGUAGUCAAGCUCUAUAUUUCUAUGCUCAAGUUCUUUGUGUUUAGAAUUCCUUUUUUUCUGUCUCCUUGUAUUCAAAAUAUUACCAUUUUUUGUGGUUUCUUCUGGCGAUUUUUAACCUUUUUUUAUCUCAUGGUAUACAUAAACUAAUUCCUAUAAUCCUGUGGCACACCAGAAAACAUGUUUGCUGAUCUGACAAAAAAAAAAAAACAAACAGGUAUAAUUUCAAUUCAUUCAUACCAGACAGUUAUUGUUGUUAGUUGUCAUUUUUUCUUAUUUGACAACCUAAGGGAAAGAUGGUCAGUGCCCAUGACUAAACAGUCAGGUAUUGUAUGUUUUAAAUAUUCUUGGGACACACCAUUGUGUUGAAAAGUGCUGGUCUUUUCCAACCACUCCCUGCGUGAUCAAGUCUUCCUAUAGCUCACCAGCUGAAGAGACUCACUUCUCUCCAUCUCCCAUUAGUGCUUUAAUUUCACUUUUUUUAAGCAGUGUAUACACUGCCUUAUACUGUACUUUACAUUUAAUCCCUCUAUAAGACAUUUAGAUGUUAACCCUGCAGAGGUUGCAGUCCAAAAAAUUACAGUGUAGGUCAUGUGUAUCUGAGAGAUACAUACAUUACUAGUAUGUAUGUACUGAAAUGCGGCAAAAAAAACCCCAAAACACUCUCAGUCCAUCCUAGUGCCUCUCCCCCUCAGUUAAUCACUAUUACUGGUUUUGGAUGAGCCCUGCCAGACAUUUUUUUUAAUGCAUUACUUACAUAUACAGGGUCCGGAAGAAGUGACACCAUUGAGUGUAGUUGGUGGAGUAGGUGAACGUUUCACACAAGAUAGGCAGCCAUUUGAACAUCUCACCUAAAAUGUCGUGCGGUGUGCUUGAGUGUGACAUUGUCAUAUUGCAGAAUUACAUGCUUAUGAUUUUGUAAUAAAAAGGGGGUGUGAUUUGUGCCAGACUUUGUAUAUUUAUAUUUUAUAUAGAACUUCAUUUGUAAUAUUCCCCUUCUGUUUUUUUACAACUGCCUGUAGUAAUAAAAUAUCAGUAGAUGUGAAAUAAAUCUUACUGAUACGUGGGUCUGAGAGACUAGAAUGAGAAGUGAAAGGUCAAACAUGUGAAAACACAUCAUAUGUAUCCAGCUUGCAAAAUUCCAUUCCCUGUCGUGUUGCAUACAGUCUCCAGGUGUCAGCGGACAAGCCAUGCCUCCACGGCACCGGCAGCGAAGACACAGGAAACCACCCCCAUCAGGGGCCCCCACAGUUGUGACACCUGUGCCUCUUACCCUCUCAAAACCUGGCCCUAGUAUUGAUGCACUUGGCUUCUGCUCCUUGGAGAGUAAUGUUCCUGGCCUAUCCCAGCUGAUUCUCCAAAAGCUGAACAUGAAGAGCUAUGAAGAAUACAAACUGGUGAUAGAUGGUGGCACUCCUGUAUCAGGCUUUGGAUUUCGAUGCCCUCAAGAAAUGUUCCAGAAGAUGGAGGACACUUUCCGAUUCUGUGCUCACUGUAGAGCACUUCCUAGUGCGCUUUCAGACUCCAAGGUCCUCCGGCACUGCAAGAGGUGCAGAAAUGUCUAUUACUGUGGACCAGAGUGCCAGAGGUCAGAUUGGCCAGCACACAGGAGGGUUUGUCAAGAGCUGUGUCUUGUGGCUGUGGACCGUCUCAUGGAAUGGCUUCUGGUCACAGGAGAUUUUGUCCUACCCUCAGGACCUUGGCCACAGCAGGCUGAAGUUGUACAGGGCUGGGACACCUGGUUUUCUCUACGGCGUUUACAGCUAGAUGCUACAAUGGAUGCUGUGCUAGGUAGUCAUGCCAUGACCACCCUUUGGGCCAGUGUAGGAAGGCCAAGGCCAGACCCAGAUGUCCUGCAGGGCUCUUUGAAGCGACUCCUGACAGAUGUCUUGUCACGGCCCUUGACACUGGGCUUUGGGCUUCAGGCCUUGGGAAUAAAUGUUAAGAAGACGGGAGGAAGCACAGUGCAUGUAGUCGGUGCUUCCCAUGUAGAGACAUUUCUCACUCACCCUGGGGACUAUGAUGAGCUUGGUCACAUGUUUCCUGGACACCUUGGCCUCCGUAUAAUAAUGGUGGGUGUAGACGUUGCUGCUGGCUUUUCAGAAAGCACCUCAACUUCACCACUGGAACCUGGCACAGUUCAGCUUAGUGGCCAUAGGGGCCUCUACCAUAACUUCUGGGAGGAGCAGGUAGAGACUGGGCAGACAGCCCAUCCAGAUUUGGCGGUGGCAUUCCAUCCAGGUUUUCAUGCGUCCCCAGACUUGAUGGAGGCUUGGCUGCCCACCCUUCUGCUACUUCGUGAUUAUGAGAUCCCUACAUUGAUUACUGUUUACAGCCAGCAGGAGUUGGCAGCCUCGUUGCAGAUUCUGGUGGACCUGGACACACACCUCAUUGCCUAUGGAGCCAACCCUUUCGCGUCUCUCAAACCUGAACAGGUCUACUCCAAUCCCAACAAGCAGCCUGUAUACUGCAGUGCCUACUAUAUCAUGUUUCUUGGAAGCUCCUGCCAACUGGAUAAGAGGCAAUUGGAAGAGAAAGUAGAUGGUAGAGUUUAAAUAGCUGAGCCAGAUUCUGACUGGAUGCCUAGAAAAGGGGGAGGUUGUGAUACCACAAUAAAUUCAGUUUGGGCUUCUUAAGUCACUUAUUUUUCUUAUUUCCUGUUCACUGGCAAGUGUUACUUAUCUAUACACAUAGCACCUCACAACUGGAGGUUUCUCUCCGAGUGAUUAACGUCAGCUCUGUUUGGGCCUGCCAUUCUACCGCACCCUGUCUCCUGUGUUCCUUCUUAUAUCACACUCUCAGGAUCAGAUAUUUCCUGGCCAGGGCCUCAAGGCUCUACCCCUACCCUGACACACACCUGUACAUUCUGAUUGCCCUCUCUGACAGGGCAAUGUCAGAAUUCAUUUAUUCAUUCAAAACGUUUAAUUAUUACCUCAUGUAAAAGGUAUUGUAUUAGGGUUUUGGGGAGAUACAAAGUUGAAUGAGAUAUGGCCCUUAUUCUUAGCUUAGGAAGAAAAAGAAUACAUAUACAUAGGUAUCUUUAUUAUAAAAUGUAAUGUGGAAUAAAAAGCUGAGAAAAUCUUGUAGUAUUAAGGAAAUAGAGUGAAAAGAGAGAUCACUUUGCUAAGCGAUAGUGGAAAUUUUAUGUGUUAGAAUUUUAUGGAACAAAUGGAGGGCAGGGUGCUUUAGAUGGAGGGAACAAUAGGAGCAGAAGUUCGGAGGCAGAAAAGCAUAGGAGAUGUAUUUGGAUGCACUGGGGGAUUAGCAUAGAUUAAGUCCGGAAGAUCGAUUAGACCCAGAUUGUAGAAGGAGCAUAGCCAAUGGGUCAGCUUUAUAUAGAUCUGAAUGUGAAUCCUGGGGCAACCACCAAAUGCUUUGUGCCUGUGGGAAAGCUAAACUUUUUAAAGUUCCUUAAUUUCCUCAUUUGUAAAGUGGGGAUAAUGUCUAGUACUCAGAGGUUCAAUAAAAGUUAAAUAAGAACAUUUGCAAAGUUGGAGGACUCACACCUCCCUCUUUCAAAAUUUAUUUCAAAGAAUGGUAACCAAGACAACGUGAUACUGGCAUAGGACAGACAUUAGAACAAUAAAACACAAUUGAGAAUCAAGAAGUAAAUCUUUACAUUUAUAGUCAACUGAUUUUCAAGAAG